UGAAAGAAGAAGAAGAAAAUACAAUUGUUUUCAAAUUUUCAACGCACUCCAUCAAUGGCGCUAAAAUAUAUAAAUAAAUAUGCGUAAAAGCACACAACUUCCACGCACAUCUCGGGUUAGUGAGAAAAUAUAUGAAUAUUAUUUGAAAUUUGGACAAGAUCGCGAUUUGGAAAAGUAUUUGCGUCUUUAUUCGCCAUGUGAACACAUCAAUGAUUGCAAGAGUCGCAGUAGUACAACAACUAAUAGCAGUUGCCACAGCGAAGAUGAAGGGCGCAUUUUUAGACGUUUGUUUCGCCAAGAAACGGAAAUGACCACGGAAAGCGAUUGCGAUGUGAAGGAGUUUAUAGUACCGAUCGAAAAACAAACUGAUAAUAUGACUGAUAAACGUGUGAAACCCAAAGAGGAUGAGUGUACGGCAUCUGCGCCGGAUUUAAAUACACCGCCGCCAAGUAAAGAGAGAAAUACAAACCCAAAGCAAACGCAGACACCGGAUUCGGUGGCAAAAUCGCAUAGAAGAUUGGAAUGGGACUCGUUAGGCGAUGUUGGCUAUAAAAAAUCGUUGUCAACCAGCAACAUAAGUGUUUUAGAACGCUCCGUACUUAGAGAAUAUUUUCAUGAAAUUUCUUCAGUUGGUGCUACGAAGAAAGAUGAUUUAAAGUCACAACCAGCGAAACAAAACUUAGAUGGGCAAAAGAAAACACAAAAGGCGGACGAUUCCUCAAAAAUCCAUUUAACCGAAAAUAGCAAUACACCACCUUUGGCUUCAAGCACAAUGAUGCAAUCGAAUACAAAUAAAAGCAGUAAGGAGGCUAAACCGCUCACCGAAUUAGUAUCUAAAAGUACAUCUAUGUCACUACAAAAACGCUACGACCAAUAUGUUCAAACUUCAGUGCAGAGACUGCCGCAACAAACAUCACGGGAAGUACAAGUUACACUGUCAUCUGCAACGUCCGGCACAUCGUCUAACGCCGCAGGCACUGCAACACCCAGCAGCUUCGAUUAUUAUUCAUCGCGUUCAGCGCAGUCAAUAACCGAUGGGGAAUUUGCAGCUAGUAAAGUGUCUUUAAAAAGCGACGCUGAAAGUAAAAUAAAACCAAAAGCGCCUGAAGAACAAAUGCACCCAUUUGUAGCUGGUAUUAAUGAGCUGCUUGCCUCCCGUAAGGUUAUCAGUAAGCAAAAAGAAAAUGAAGUAAUUGUGCAAGAAGUGUCGAACAAUUUAAAAGAAGCUCUCAAUGACAAUAAAGAAAAUUCGACAACAUCCUCAACAUUAUCAAACUAUCCCCAAGUAGAUUUAGGCAUACAAUUGCUUUGUUCCAUAAUUGACGCGCGUAGCUUAAAUCGAAAGCAAAAGACAAGACUUGUACGUGAUAUUGUGAAGCGCAUAUCAAGACUUAAUGGGAACGAUGAGCUUAAUAGACAAGAAGUAAAUUUGAUUUCAACACUUAGUAGAGAGAUUUCUGCCGUUCAUACAACUGAGAAGCCAAAUGUGGAGGCAACACUAAAAUCAACUUCGGCUAUAACGAUUCCAAGAGCAGCCAAAGAUUCAAUGGACUUGAGUAAUUUAGCGCAUGCAAUGCCUUCAAGUACCAGUAGCGAUGAAAUUGACGAGCAACUCGUGCAGGUGGAAGUGCUAAAAAAACCAUCGCUGCCCACAACAUCAACCAAGGCAUUGGCUAAACUUAGAAAAGAAAAUAUUUCUUAUGCAAAAGAGAAAACACACCAACGCAUCAGCGCAGGAACUCAAGUUGAUAUGGAAAAUUUACCAACACUUAAGAAUAUUGCAAGCAUUAACACUGACGGAAAAUCCAAAAGCCUAAAAUCUCAUGAAGAAAUCUCAAAAGAAAGAGAUUUUGCAACACAAACCGCAGAUCUUGAAGCCUCUUCUGCGUCUAAAGUCAGCUCCGCAUCGAAGGAAAUAGUCGAUGAAGAAGCUUCCUCUACUUCUAAAGCAAGCUCCACAUCUAAGGAUGUCACGACUCAAAAGCCCUUAAUUAAUUUAGAAAUUCCUGCUUCGUCUGAUACAGAGGCAGGAGUCUCAGCAAAUACUACUAUGCGCGAAUGGUUGAACCCCAUGACACAAUCCGAAAUUGAAUAUGAACAGAAAAAAGAGGAAUUUUCAAAACAUGGCGGUAAAAAACAAAAAAUAAACAAAUGCCUGAUUGACAGCCAAAGACUAGACUUGGAAAGAAGAACUCAAUUGAAGUGGUUGCAAGCGGAAAUUAAACGUUUAGAAACUUUACGUUGUCUGCUAUUAAAAUCGAAUAAAGUGCAAGAAAUUUCUCCUGAAAAUUUAGUCAAGUUAUAUGACACGGUUUUCUCCGACUCAAAAACUCCAACAACAACAACCAACUCAACCAUAACUACGGCGCAGAGUAGUGAAAGUGACAAGCCGAUGCAGGAAAUCGAGGUAAUAAUUGAAGAAUCAAAUGAAGACGUUAUUAAAUUAGAUGAGAAAAUGAAAUCUACCAAGCAACGUAAAAGAGAAACACAAAUCGUUUACGAUAAACCCAACGAUGCAGAAAAUAUAUACAACAAUUUAGUCGCGGGCAAUGCACGAUUCCGCACUAUGACCGAGACCAUUACUAGGAACGAAGAGCAAGUGCUGUCCGCUGAAAAUAUUACGCUUAAUGAACCCGCACCAAUGGAUCCACCGAAACAAAUACCCAUAGUCAGCGAACGACCAAAACAACCACAACGACAACAACAACAUCAACAACAGCGUUCCAAAAUCGACACACCGUCAGGCGAGAGUAACUCCGGCGAAAGUGUACGCUCAUUCGCUGAACAGCGAAAGCGGGAAUUCUUAGAACAAUACCGUAAUAAGAAACGCAUACACUACGAAUCACUACUACACAAACAACAACAGAUACUUAUACAGCAACAACAACAGAUUAUACAUGAAUUGCAGCAGCGCUGUAAUACAAUAAAACACAACACAACAGUGGCACCUGCAGCGGGACACUACUCUGUACCACAUCAUAUGCCCAAAGCAUAUUGUCCGUGCGUCUCAGAGCAACAGCCAUAUCAUCAAACAUAUUAUCAACCACAGCAUAACGUUGGACCUGCACCCAAGGGGCCGAAAAAUGCGCAACCACAAUACCCGCCAACCUGCGCACCGCCAUGCCCACCGCGUGUCCAGUCGCAACAAGGCGCCGAACUUACCUAUCAAAGACAAACCGUACAUAGCGAGCAGUCCACAUCAUCCAUUUUUUGCAUUUCAUCCGAAGUCUCCAUACCCAUGGGUACAAGCAGUACGACAAGUUCGACAACAACAACAACACAUCAGUAUGAUGAUGUCGCAGCUGUUGCUGCGUGCGUGCCAGGCGUAGGCGUGCAAACUGGCAAUUCCCUGCGACGCUCACAGCCAAUUUUCGGCACGCGUUUGCAUUACGACUGCACACAAGCGAACGCACGCAUGCCCAAUUGGGCUGCCUACGAUCCACAACCGGUUUGUUCGGGUCAAUCGGUUUGUGUUCAAGUUAAACCCAAAGCCAUCGCAUACGUUAUACAAUUUGAGAAGAAAACAACGUCGACCACGACAACAACAACAACAACAACUUCUGCUGCAUCCACAUCUAACAGUAACUUGAUAACAAAACCAAGUAAUGAGAUCAGUGACUUGAGGGAAGCCGUACCGGAACCUUGCGCCCUGCAAGAUUACCUUGAACGAGCCCAUCCCCGAUUUGUUACACACACCAAGGAGCGAAAAGCCAUACUCAAUCAAAUACAAAUGCUACGACAGGAGCGGGGCCGAGAGUUGCGUGAUAUUAUAGAGAAUGCCAGUGAAACUUCGUUAGACUCACGUUUGCAACGUUUGCCGCCGCCUGCAACGAAACGUUUGCGCAUAUUCGCCACUAAGGAAAUGAAGGCUAUGACGCAGCGACAUUGUGAAAAUUUACCCGAACUCGUUAAGCGGCAUGAACGCGCACGUGAAGAGCGACGUCGACAUGGUAAUCGUUUAAUCAGAGAUAUCUUUAAUCAGCGCUUGCAGCGUCGCGUCCACAGUGGUAAAUUGUCCUUGAACCAUAGCAAAACCGUUAUUUAAUUGAAGUGCACUGUUAUAAUGCACAAACGAUAUAUUUUUUUUAAUGAAUUUAAGAUUUAGCAAAUAAAAAAUCGAAUAAACUGAUUAAAGACUAUAAGCGAAGCGGUGGGUCCAAUUGGAAUAUGACACAAAUAAAAUCUUUACCAAUAUAAUUGAAAAAGCUUUUAAAAAUAAUUAAUGUGGAGUUUAUGCACAAGCCUAUGCCGGUUUUCAAGCGCGAGCACUUAAAAUUGAUAAAAUUAAAACUUAACUGGUUUAAUGCUUACAUUUAAUUUCGUGCUGUAAGCAACUACAAACAACAUUUAUUUCAGCAACAAUCAAUAUUUGUGGGAACUGUAUCGAAAGCAUUUGCCAAAAAUCGUAUUUCACACUGUUGAUAAUCGGCGAUCAUGCUAUUAACCUUUUAAAAAGUCUAUAUGCAGUCAUGUAUUUAGAUUUAUAUCGUUCUAUUUAUCAAUCUAACGGAAAUCAUCAAUCAAUUUCCCAUGUAUUUCGGAAAUUUCGAGUUAAAUAUAUAUGUAAAAUUUAAACAAUCGAUCAAUUUUGCAAGUUAUUGACUUAUUUGUAUAAGAAAUGAUAUUAUGCACAAUUAUACCAAAAAAUAAACUAAAACAGGCACACAUAUAAUUUUGAAAAUAUUUAUAUAUGUAUGUAUUUACUUGGUUUUCGCAGCGCUUACAUUUCUAAAAUUUCACUACAUAAUUUUUGUAUUUUCGUGCAAUUGUUUAAACUGUUGUAUUUUUGCUGUACUUUUGGGCGAUAUUUAAAGUUAUAUGUAUGCAUGAGUACGUACGUAUUUUUCUAAUUUAAGUACUUCAAAUUGCUAUAUGUAUAAGUUUUAUAUUAUAUUUAAUAAUUAUUAAUUAAUGAAAAAGUAUGUAUGCAUGUAUUUUGUUUUCAUUAAAUUUGCAUUUACUUUGCUGAUUGUGUUGAUAACUUCAACAAAUUUGUUUGUUUUAUUUUGCAAAUAUUGUAUAUAACUUAUUUAAGUAUUAAGUAAUUUUUUUUAUUUAUUUAUGUAUUGAUUUAUUUAGCUUUAAUCUUAAUUGUAAAUUCACAUUUCAGUUAUAAGUAAGUGUAAUAUUAUUUAAUAAAUUUUUUUUUUUAGUAAAUUCUUUAUUUUAUAGAUAGUUACAAAUCGCUUACAUAGAAAGAAAAAUAAACAAAACACGAUAGUCUAUUCAUUGAUUAACAAUUAACUAAACAUUUUUAAUGCGAUAUUCUCACAAUUGGUUAACAAUCAUUCUUUUGGAUUUAAUGUUAAUAUUAUUUUAUCAUUACUAUGCAUAUUAUAUGUAAAUAUUAAUUUGUAGAUCAAUAGAUUACAUACAAUCAUUAUAAAAAUACCAAAAAUAAAAAUUGCUAAGCUUUAUGAUUAUUUCGAGAUUCUUCUUCGGCUCGGUCUAAGUAAUUGUUAUUUAGAUAGUUAGUAAAGUUAUCAAAA